AUGGACAACAUGUUCGAAAGCUACAUCAACAACCUCCGGCGGCAGCUGGACUCACUGGGUCAGGAGAAAAUGAAGCUGGAGGCGGAGCUUGGCAACAUGCAGGGGCUGGUGGAGGACUUCAAGAAUAAAUAUGAAGAUGAGAUCAACAAGCGUACAGAGAUGGAGAAUGAAUUUGUCCUCAUCAAGAAGGAUGUGGAUGAAGCUUACAAGAACAAGGUGGAGCUUGAGUCACGCCUGGAGGGGCUGACUGAUGAGAUCAACUUCCUCAGGCAGCUGUAUGAAGAGGAGAUACGUGAGCUGCAGUCUCAGAUCUCGGACACAUCUGUGGUGCUGUCCAUGGACAACAGCCACUCCCUGGACCUGGACGGCAUCAUCGCCGAGGUCAAGGCCCAGUACGAGGAGAUCACCAACCGCAGCCGUGCCGAGGCUGAGAACAUGUACCAGAUCAAGUAUGAAGAGUUGCAGACUCUGGCUGGGAAGCAUGGGGAUGACCUCCGCCACACGAAGACUGAGAUCUCUGAGAUAACCCGCAGCAUCAGCCACCUGCAGGUGGAGAUUGAGGCCCUCAAAGGCCAGAGAGCAUCCCUGGAGGCUGCCAUCGCUGAUGCCGAGCAGCGUGGGGAGAUGGCCAUUAAGGAUGCCAAUGCCAAGCUGGCCCAGCUGGAGGCUGCCCUGCAGAAGGCCAAGCAGUACAUGGCCCGGCAGCUGCGCCAGUACCAGGAGCUCAUGAAUGUCAAGCUGGCGCUGGACAUCGAGAUCGCCACCUACCGCAAGCUGCUGGAGGGCGAGGAGAACAGGCUGGAGGCUGGGAUGCAGAACUUGAGCAUCCACAUGAAGACCACCAGUGGCUAUUCAGGAAUGGUGAGCUCACCCUAUGGGGGACUCACAAGCCCUGGCUUUGCGAGCAUCCAAAGCCCUGGCUUCACCCGUACCAAGUCUGCUGUGGUUGUGAAGAAGAUCGAGACCCGCGAUGGGAAGCUGGUGUCUGAGACCUCGGAUGUCCUGCCCAAGUGAAUGGGCCACAGCAGCCGCUCCAGCCCGCACCUCUCACGAGGCCGCCCCAGAGCCCGUGGGGAGACAGCUGUACAAGGGAGCAUUGAGAGCAAGAGACCCACCUGAGGCUCAGCUUAGCCCUUAACCCACCCUUGGGGGGACAUUACUGCCUGGGGUACCCCUUCUUGCCCGUACUCUUCACCAAAACCCAAUUCAAUUGUUUUUUCCAAAAUAAAGCCUGGUUUUGCCACCUG